AUGGAACUGCAGGGCGCGAGCGCGGAGCCGGGGAAGUGCGCCGCGCCGCCGCCGCGGGCCAGGUUAAGUAAGCGAGGGGCGGGGAGCCGGGCCGGCUGCGCGGAGGAGGAGGGCCGGUGCCCGCCUCGCCGCCCCCGCCUCCGCGCCCCGACGCGCGCCUGCCCGCUGCAGAGGUGUCUGCUGGGGGCGUGCAAGCGGGGAGAGUGGGCCACACACAGCUUACUCCUGGCUCUGCACUCAAGAAUCACUCCUGCACUGGCAGGACCAUGGGCUAAAAUGUGUGCUGGUAAGCCUUCAAAUGAGAUCAGGACGUGCUACAGCCAUGGAUGUAGUCAGUAUACUGCUCAAAGAAAUCACAGCCCUCAAUAGGGUGAGGAGAUCUUGUGCUCUGAUGGAUCUGAUGUGUAUGCACCUUUUACUGGGAAGAUUGUGGGCCAGGAGAAACCUUAUAAACACAAAAAUGCUAUCAACAAUGGAGUUCGGAUAACUUGAAGAGGUUUCUGUAUUAAAAUGUUCUACAUUAAGCCAAUUAAAUAUAAAGUUUCUAUCAAGAAAGGAGAGAAAUUGGGAACCCUGUUGCCCUUGCAGAAAGUUUAUCCUGGGAUAUAAUCCCAACUACACAUUGAAAAUUGCAACUUGAGUGAUCUUACUGCAGACCUAUAA